AUGGUUGCUGGACGCAACGAGUCAGGUAGCGAACUCAAUCAACUUCAUGGUCCUCAUGGUCUUUAUAUAACUGAUGAUGAAACUAUUCUUAUUGCUGACAGGUGGAAUCACCGUAUUGUGCAAUGGAAGGGGAAUGCAAAGAGGGCUCAACUAGUCGCUGGGGGCACAGGAUUUGGAAAUCGAAAUGAUCAGUUGAAUGGCCCCACAGAUGUAGUUGUCGACAAAAUGACAGACACUCUCAUCAUUUGUGAUUCAUGUAAUCGCCGAGUGAUGCGAUGGUCUCAUCGAAGUGGUACUAACAGUGAAGAAACGCUUAUCGAUAAUAUUGAUUGUUGGGGACUAGCCAUAGACAAUGAGAGAUAUCUCUACGUCUCCGACUGGAAAAAUAAUCAAGUGAUACGUAUUCGAAUGGGGACAAGUAAACGAACAGUGGUGGCGGGUGGAAAUGGAGCCGGUGAUAAUCUUAGUCAACUCAGCUAUCCUGGGUACAUUUUUGUUGAUCAGGAUCAUUCUGUUUACGUGUCAGACAGAGAAAAUCAUCGUGUGAUGAAGUGGAUGAAAGAUGCCAAACAGGGUAUUAUCGUGGCUGGUGGGCUAGGUCAAGGGCAUGCCCUCUCUCAACUACACUAUCCGAAUGGAUUGUGCGUUGAUACAUUUGGUACAGUCUAUGUGGCAGACUACGGAAAUCAUCGAGUUAUGAGAUGGUACAGUGGAGAAACAAAAGGAAAUGUGAUUGUUGGUGGACAUGGUCCAGGAGACAAAACACAUCAAUUGAAAUGUCCCAUUGGCUUGUCAUUUGAUAGACAAGGCAAUCUUUAUGUUGUCGACUAUUUGAAUCAUCGAGUUCAACAAUUCUUACUUGAAACGAGUUGA